GCCCUUUGGUUCGCUUUCCUCCUCGGGCAUCUGUGUGGGUGAAGCAGCUGAGCCAGCGGGGGCUGCCCAUCAUUCCUUGCGUUCCCUGUUCUCUGGGAGUGGCCUGGUGGCUGCAGGUCAGAAGGCACUGGUUGAAAACUGAGCAUGGAGGGGUCAGGCUCGCUCUCUCCAAAUCCCACUUUCUCCAGGUAACCCACAGCCUGCCUGAAGGUGGGUGAACUCCAGGAGGAAUUGGGGCUGAUAAACCUUGGAAGACAAGUUUGCUGCCCGGGGGCCCCAGACAUGGCGAUGGCAGUAGCCCAGAAGUUCAGCCACCUGCUGUCCAGCCUGUGGCACGUGGGCCAGAAACCUCUGCAACCUGAACCACUGUUUACAGUGGACCGGGCCGAGGUGCCACCACUCUUCUGGAAGCCCUACAUCUAUGCCGGCUACCGGCCGCUGCAUCAGAACUGGUGUUUCUACUUCCGCACUCUGUUCCAGCAGCACAACGAGGCUGUGAACGUGUGGACCCACCUCCUGGCGGCUCUGGCCCUGCUGCUGCGGCUCAUCGGCUUGGUGGGGAGUAUGGACUUCUGGGAAGACCCUCACGCGCUACCCCUCUUCAUCAUCGUCCUGGCUUCCUUCACCUACCUCUCCUUCAGUGCCCUGGCUCACCUCCUGCAGGCCAAGUCCGAGUUCUGGCAUUACAGCUUCUUCUUCUUGGACUAUGUGGGCGUGGCCGUGUACCAGUUUGGCAGUGCCCUGGCACACUUCUACUAUGCCAUAGAGCCGUCCUGGCAUGACAAGGUGCAGGCUAUUUUCCUGCCCACGGCUGCCUUCCUAGCCUGGCUUUCCUGCGCUGGCUCCUGCUACAACAAGUACACCCAGAAACCAGGCCUGCUGGGGCGCAUUUUCCAGGAGGCGCCGUCGGCGCUGGCAUAUGCGCUGGACAUCAGCCCGGUGGUGCACCGCAUCAUAGUGUCUCCCCUCCCUGCCGAGGAGGAUCCGGCCCUUCUCUAUCACAAGUGCCAGGUGGUUUUCUUCCUUCUAGCUGCUGCGUUUUUCUCCACGGUGAUGCCUGAGAGUUGGUUCCCCGGCAGCUGCCACAUCUUUGGGCAGGGACACCAGGUUUUCCACGUCUUUUUGGUGCUGUGCACGCUGGCCCAGCUAGAGGCUGUGACGCUCGACUAUCAGACCCGGAAGCCCAUCUACGAGCCUCUGCACGCCCGUUGGCCCCACAACUUCUCUGGCCUCUUCCUGCUCACCACGGCCAGCAGCAUCCUCACCGCGCUGCUCCUCAGUCAGCUGGUGCGGCGCAAACUCCAUCAGAAGACCAAGUGAAAGCGGGUGGGCAGGAGCUGGCAGGGUGAGAGAAGGUGCUAGGGACAGAUGCCUGGACUUGACUCCAGAUGGGAACAAGGCCUGGGAAAGCUGAUUCUAUCUGGCAGGUCACGACUCCCCGCAUGGGCCUCACUCAGUGGCCAAAGUGGCGCUGGCCAAUCCUUGCACCCUGGGAUUGUCUGGGAGCUGCAGAGCCUUGCUCAAGUCCCUGCCGUGGGAGGGGAAGAGAUGAGAGACUGCUGACCACACCUUCCUUGCCUCCUAUCAGAGCUAAGAGUUGGGGUUCAGCUUUGGUCACCACACUGAUUUGGGGCUUCCAGAUUGUUGGGUGAGAGGUUAGACUCAGGCCAGUGUCAAGUUUGAGCCUAGAAGGAGUAGAAGUCUUUGCAGCCAUCGCCUACUAGAGCUCAUUGGUGGUGGGAAAAGAAGCAGGCCACAGGAUGGGAAGCAUUUUAACUUUCCUGCGCCCUGCACCACAGCCUGGAUCACUGGGUUCCGGAGAGUCCCCAGAGACAAACGGUCCCCUCCACUGCCCACAUCCCUGCAUCACAGCCCAGCCAGAACGCCUCACACCUAGCCUUGGCCCGUAUUUCUUGCACACAGUUUCUAGCUUCUCCCUACAAUUCAUUUAUGAUUUUGAGAUAGCUCUCCUUAGCUCACUGUUUCCUGGGGCUCCAGGCUUUAGAACCAAUAGGAAUUGUCAAGGAAAACUCAAAGGCCAGACUAGUCAGCCCUGCUGGGGCACUCAGAGCCUUGGGCUAGGAAGGGUGAGGAGGAGUUUGCAGGCUGAGCUUAGAAGGGCGUUUCAGGCAAAGGGGAUGCCUGUACCAAGAUGUGAGAUGCAGAGAUGCAGAGAUGCAGAGAUGCAAGGGGGGGGGGGCGCUACAGGCAAGUUUGGUCCCUCGGGCUGGAGGAAAGGCUGGUUCCUGAUAUGCCCUAGAUUCAAUAAAAUGGCUAUGAAAUUG